UGGUGCCCCUGCCCCUCCCCCGUCUGAUGUGACUCGAGCUUGAGGCGCGCAGGGCUGGAGACGCUGCAGAUCCGCGACCUGGAGCAUCGGAGGUGGUGAUUGUAGCUCUUCAAGUCUGCAAUUUUAAAAAAUGGCCUCCAAUAAGACUACAUUGCAAAAAAUGGGAAAGAAACAGAAUGGAAAGAGUAAAAAAGUUGAAGAGGCAGAGCCUGAAGAAUUUGUGGUAGAAAAAGUCCUAGACCGACGUGUAGUAAAUGGAAAGGUGGAAUACUUUCUGAAGUGGAAAGGAUUUACAGAUGCUGACAAUACUUGGGAACCUGAAGAAAAUUUAGAUUGUCCAGAGUUAAUUGAAGCAUUUCUUAAUUCUCAAAAAGCUGGUAAAGAAAAAGAUGGUACCAAAAGAAAAUCUUUAUCUGACAGCGAAUCUGAUGAUAGCAAGUCAAAGAAGAAAAGAGAUGCUGCUGACAAACCAAGAGGCUUUGCCAGAGGUCUUGAUCCUGAACGAAUAAUUGGUGCCACAGACAGCAGUGGAGAAUUGAUGUUUCUUAUGAAAGCUGUGGAGUAUGAGUGUGAUAUCACUACUAACACCUUCCUGUGGAAGAGCGGUGAGGAUGAGUUAAGGAAUGUGGCCCAGAUCGGAGCUCCAACUGUGUUAAAGGGGUCCCCAGUGAGGCUGCAUUUACGCAAGUCUGGUGAUAAGGCGAUGAGGAUAAGAGCUAGGUCGGGUCACUGGUGGGAGAAGGUGCAGGAUCCCGGCCGGCAGUGGCAGCGCAGGCGGAAGGAUAGGGUGGGCGCUGGGCGUGGGCUGGGACGGACUGUGGGCUGCGAAGCCGGAGGACUGCCUCGAGGUGGCGAUCGCGAAGGGGACUGGAGGUUUACAGGUCUUUCGCGUCGCCGCCCUCGGCCCCUGAGCUUCGCUCCUCCCACCUGA